AUGAAGCGCCUGUCUGUCUGGCGAGAUCCGGUGUAUCCGACAGACCACCCGGGAUGUGUGCCCAUCAUCAUAACAGAAGGAGCCGUCGACCUAGGCACCACCACGAUAACAUUACAGGGCAUGAUCGCCACCUUCACCCCAGCAUGCUACCACGGCCACCCUGUCGCGGCCGUCGACUCGAGCGCCAUGCAUUUUCCGCUCUUCGACCAGAUCCAGGAAGGCUGGAAACAAUGGACUGAUACUCACCAAGGCAAGUUUGGAAACUCGACAAUGCCACUGACGUACUCGAUGUUGAUAUCCAUGGUGGUGGCGUGGAUAGUGGUUCUUAUUCUCAUUCUUGGUGAAAACAGCCACGGCUUUAGAGCUCCUGUGGAGUCCAACGGUGGGUCAGAGACGACGGAACCAUACAAGAGCUCGCUACAGUCUGAUGGAAGCAGCUCUGCAGACUUUGAGGAGGAAAAGAAGGAAUCGAGGAUGAAACUGCUGUGGAUGAUAUCGUUUGUCAUGCCGCAUAAGCGACCACGGAGACCGCUGUUGCUGCGUCUGGGUGUACUGGCUGGAACCAUAUACCUAACGAUCAUUUUGGCACACUCGACACAGCUGAUUAACGAACAAUACAAUAAGGGAUACCUCGACAGAAGUGAGCUGGUGGAGCGGCUGUCAUCGUACGUCUAUCUGGCUGUGCUGGAGCUGGUGUUUUACUUCAUCAUGCUGCUGGCACAGGUGCAGGUGGUUAUGAGAGUCUUCUCCAGACGUAUGGAGCAGCGGAUGAUUUUCUGGUUGGGUGGAACCAUGUCUGUGGUCUGUCAAGUGCUGAAUGGAAUCACAUCUAUUGACAUGGCUCUCCAAUACCAGUUUUCCGGCUCGCUACCGGCCUUCCAAUACCUCUUCCAGGUGGCCAUCCAAAUAAUGUACGCCUGCUCCAUGGUGUACUAUCUAAUCACCAACUCGAGGUCCACCAUGUGCAUGGAAAUGGUGCCCAUGACGCUCAUUGCUAUUUUGGCAUCAUCUUCUCCCGUGGUGUUAUUUGUGGUGGACAUUGCUAACGCCUGGCUAGUUGAAUGGAGUGAUUCGCUCACGUGGAUCUCUACGUUGCUUGCUAUAGUGUGCGCCUGGGAGUGGAUUGACCGUGUGGAACGUCUGGAACGUCACCACGAAAAGGAAGGCUUCUUGGGUCGCCAGCUGCAAGAAGACGACGAUUAUCUCGGAUUCGAGGGUGGAAAAUCAAUUAUGAACCCCAGCGAAUUCAGGGAAUUCACGGACGUGUCUCUGGACGCGGAUACACCAACUCCAAAUGCCGCAAAGCGGUUCGUUCAGCCGCUCUUGGUGCUGUCGGACCGUAUCAUCGAGGCAGGACUACUGUUCUCACGUGCUUCGAGUACCUCUUAUGACUCUGUGGACCAGCCAGAUCCCCAAGAACUUCAACACAAUACUCACGCAGCUCAUGCUCGAGGACAUAGUUCGGUGCGUUCACAACUGGCCAAAAAGCUCGACUAUUACUACUCGAAAAAAACUAGGCCGCCUCCGGAACUGCUGGACACUCAGCAUAUGCCUGUUCAUCGGCACUAA